AUGAUUCCUUCAUCUACUACUGAACCAAUGGACACAGCGGCACAAAUGACUGCUAAUAUAGAUGAUGAUCAGUUGACUCUAAAUAAUGUUAUUUCUGCUGGUAGUGGACACAAACAAUGCGUCAUUUGCCGUCAAGAAACCCGUAGUGGGAUGGUUGUAAUGCCAAAAAUUGCUCGACUAGAUUUACUUAUUAUUCAUGUAAUGUACGCACCAAACGGCAUUCGUUGUUGUUUAUCCCACCUUCUCGAUAAUAACCGUUUAAUGCCUGAUGUCAAGAUAAUUAUGGAAAAUCGUCAGCAACUUGCAUCAUGCCUCUCAUCAUCAGAAAUGAUUGAUCUUGUGACUCACCUGCUUUCACUUCUUCAUGAAGCUGCUACAUCUCCCCGUCUUGAUUUUUUGGAUCCUUCUUUGAACGCUGAAGACUAUUUAAUCUGGACAGGAUGGACAAAAGAUCAGUUCGAUAAUAUGUAUAAUAUCAUUUCUCCUCACCUCCGGUCAUCUUCCAAUCGCCAUAUUCGAAAUGCUCUCGCCGUGUUUUGGAUUAAAUUAAAAACGAAUUUAUCUUUUCGGCAGAUAGGUUCUAUGUUUAAUAUACCAGGAAAUGGCGAAGAUCGACGUAGACGAGCUGCAGACGCAUUCGACAGCGUUCGUCAAUGUUUAGUUGAAAACUUUGUACCUCGUCAUUUAGGCGUUCAACACUUAACCAGAGAAGAUGCAAAAAAACAAAAUACAAGUUUCUCGAAAGAAUUUUUUGGGGGCAAUGUGACCGUAAUUUGGGAUGGAACAUAUCUUUACAUAGGCAAAAGUAGUUCGUACUUAAUCAAUCGAAAAACCUAUUCUGGACAAAAACAUCGCCAUUUGGUUAAAUUCAUGUCCCUGAUAUUGUCGAAUGGUUAUAUACUUGAUACAAUUGGUCCAUUUUGGGGCACAAUGAAUGAUGCCUCCAUUGCAAAGAACAUCAUAAAUACAUGUGAAACCCUUAUCGAAUGGUGCGAGAAAGGAGAUACAAUGAUUGUAGAUAGCGGAUUCCGUGAUGUUAUCGACUCUUUUGUUGAAAUGGGUUAUGAACCCAAAAUGCCGGAAUUUUUGACUAAAGGAUAA